UCGCUCUUCUAUGUACGCUGGCUAACUCACGGCUGCUACUGAGUAGCUAGAUGUAAUGUGCUUUGCUUUCUGUAAUUACUAUAUACAAAUGCUCUAACAUAUGCACAUACAUAUGUAUGUAUGUGCACACUUUACAGCGAUAGCCGCCAAAGCAAAAGCAAACAACGUCGUCGUGGGACUAUGCUUCUUAGUUUCGACAUUCAGUACUUUUGAACACUUGACGGCGUCGAUAGGCUCUAGGAGAGGUGUUUAUCGUGCGAAGUUCUGCAGUUUUCCAAAAAUUCAGUUUAAAAAAUUAUUGAAAUAAAAAAAUAUUUUUAAAGUUCCGAAAGAAGAUAAAAUACAAAUACAUACAUAUAUUAGUGCGAACGAGAAUUUUGUGCGUAGAGCCACUAUUGAAGUUUUCACAUUUUUUCAGCCUUAAGGCUUUUAGCAAAGAGAAUAAAAAUAACAAAAAUUAAAUGAAAUAACAAAGUGCUGUUAUGAAACCGUAAAAGUGUUUUACUUUCAAAGGAUUACCAAUUAAAUUACCACGACCAUUCGAAAUACCUGGUGUUAAACUGCAUUAAGUGUCAAAAGGCAAAAAAGUUUCAACAAAAAGCGAACAAUUUAUUAUUUGAGGCAACUAAUCAGCCAGCCAGCAUAAAAUAGCGCUACAAUGUCCCAACCAUCACAACAUCUACCUCCGCAACCAAUUCCCAUUGCGGUGAUCAAUCGGGCACCACCGCCAAAAACAGCCGCCGAAGAGCGACGUGCGAGCUUUGCGCGACGCGCUGAAAGUUUGGUGGAGCGGAAAUAUCUUGUGAAUACGGACAAAAGUGGCGAAUUGACCGUAACAGUACAGGGCGACUUGACACAACAAGAGAAACGAGCCGUCUUUAUAACAGUCCACGAUCUGGGAUGCAAUCAUAAUUCAUUCCAGGAAUUCGUCAGCAGUCCAUGCAUGACCGAAAUCAAGGAACGUUCUUGUUUCAUACAUAUCGAUGUACCAGGACACGCUGAUAAUGCAGAUCCUUUACCUGACAACUUCCAAUUUCCUUCAUUGCAAACCCUUGGCGAGGAUCUCAUCACUGUUUUGGACUUUCUACAUGUCAAAUAUGUGAUGGGUCUGGGCGAAGGUGCCGGCGCUAAUGUGCUGGCACGUUUCGGAUUGGCGCAUCCAUCGCGUGUGCUUGGCUUGGUGUUGAUUAAUGCUACCGGCAGCGCAGCAAGCGUUUUGCAAUCCUUCAAAACCAAGCUUAUUCAAUGGAAAAACGAUGAUAUAGCACAAUCGGCUGAAAGCUUUUUGAUGUAUCACAAAUUUGGACAUUUCCAGCAAUUGGUUGGUGAUAAUCCCGACAAGGAAAAAAUUGUCACCGAAUAUCAGAAGCGUUUGCACAGCACUUUGAAUAGCAAAAAUGUGGGACUCUACGUCAAGGCAUUCAUGAGCCGCAAGGAUCUUACAUUGAAGGGCUGCAAGAUUGAUGUCAUCUUAAUCACAGGCAUGUUGAGCCCCUAUGCUUCCAUGGUUGAGAAGUUGCACAAGGAUGUUGAGAAGGAAAAGGUGACCAUUUUGAAAAUAGAGCGUGCAGGCGAUGUAUUAGCUGAUGCGCCCGCCAAAGUGGCACAGUCGAUUUUACUCUUCUGCAAAGGUCAAGGUAUUCUAACCUCUGUCGUUAUGCCUGGUGUUGAUCGUGGACGCGCUUACUCAACCAGUUCGGGUGGCUCCAUGGAUGGACAGAAUGGCUCACGUAAACUUUCACGAGGCAUCUCAAUGGAAGAUUACGAUAAGCCAAAUAUACGCCGAUUGAGUAUUAUUAACAACGAAUCACCAAAGAAAUAAAUGCAAAAACAUAUUUAGUAAAAUAUGUAAUAAAUUGUUGCGUUUUGCUAAAUUGAGUAAAUAUACAUACGUAUAACAAAAAUGUUAGUUUUAAAAUGAUUUUACAAAGUAUGUAAAAAAUAUGCAUACAAACAUAUAUGUGACAAAUACUACAUGAGCAUGCUAAUUAUAGUGCAAAAUUUGGGUUAGCUUAUUUUUUUUUUUAUAAAAAAGCACCAAAAACAAUUUAUUUUAAUUUUGCUUUAUAAUAAUAAUAAGAAAAUUAAAAAUUUACUAGAUAUGAUUUAAGAAAGAAUUAUUAAAAAAAUUAAUUCUUAUGCUAAUAAUAGGAGUUUGCCUCAAGUCUAAAUUGUGCAAUUUCGACAUUAUUCGCAAUUUCAGCUGCACGAUUCUUAAUUUGGCCAAACCAAAACCUGCCAUCCGAAAUUGUAAGUGAAUCCCAAUUUCAAUGAAAUUGUGAAUACAACCCUGAAAAUUGCUUAUUGUGAACAAUAAGAACAUUAGUAAAU